AUGAUCAACCACGAGCCCGCUGCAGCGCUGGGCCGCAAGAUGACCCGCUCGCAAGCGCUGUUUGGCGAGCCCAGCCAGCGCGUGCUGCAAGCACCCGCCGAGUUCAUUGCCCGGUUGCUGGGCAUUGCCAGCGACGAGGAGAUGGACAUGGAGCAGGGCGUGGACGACAGCCCCGCAGUGCCAACCACCCGCACAGCUGCACGCCGCCCCACAGCCUGGGCGCCCAUCACCGGCCGCAAGCGCAGCGCUGUGGAGGCAGAGCUGGCCGAUGAAGCGGAGGUGGCAGCUGCUGCGGCGGCCAUGGAUGAGGAGGAGGCUCCUGCUCGGCGCAGCAGCCAGCGGGCAGCCGCUGCGGGCCUGAUCGCCGUACUGGCCAUGGAGCACGAGCUGGAGUAUGCGGAGGAGGCAGCAGCAGAGGCGGAGGAGGAGCAGGAAGCAGCAGAGGCGAGGGAGGAGGCAGCAGCAGAGGCGGAGGAGGAGCAGGCAGCAACAGAGGCGGAGGAGGAGGAGGCAGCAACAGAGGCGGAGGAGGAGCAGGCAGCAGCAGAGGCGGAGGAGGAGCAGGCAGCAGCAGAGGCGGAGGAGGAGCAGGCAGCAGCAGAGGCGGAGGAGGAGCAGGCAGCAGCAGAGGCGGAGGAGGAGCAGGCAGCAGCAGAGGCGGAGGAGGGCGGCACGCUGGCAGCACCACACCCGCCCAUGCCAGCACACUUGCAGGCCACCCGCUCUCGAGUGGCGGCGGCUCAGGUGAAGAACCGCCAGCGGUUCGCAGCGCAGCGCAGGCCAAAGGGCGAGCCCAAGGACUUUGCUGUGGGCGAUGACGUGCUGCUGCUGCCGCCGAAGCGCGGCAAAGUGGGCAAGCAGCUGGGCCGCAACCGCAUCGUGUGCCGCGUGGUGGAGAUCAAGCGGCCCUUUGGCGUGACCAUGUACCGGCUGCGGAGCGGAGCUGGAGUGGUGGAGGGUAUGCAUCAGGUCAGCAGGCUAUCUAAGGCGCCACCCAGCCUGGCCAGCGAGCUGACCUUCAGCGGCACGGCGCAGCGAGGAGUGCCUGUGGUGUCUCUCAAUGUGGCGAUGGCGGCGCAGCCCGGCGGCGGCAAGGCAGCCCUGCAAGAAGAAUGGUGCGCGGUGUGGGCGGCACUGUGGCUGUAUAACCGGUAA